AUAUGUGUGGUGUGCGACCGACAUGGCCCCGAGUGAUCGCCGCAAAGAAGAUUGGGCCUUGCCGGCAGAUGUUUGGAAUUGUUCCCGAGCACUGGGCGAGCCAACAGCUCGUCCGCCCCCGGAGUACCCAUCAGAAUGGUUCGCGGCGCAUCCAGGAUCGAAGCCUAUCGCUCUCGUGAAACGCUGCUUCGCAUCGGACGAGCGCCUCGCGGAAGCCGUGUCUGCGGGCUUGGCUGCCGGCAGCUUGCAAGUGGAGUACGUCGUAGAAUUCAUGUACGUCGAAGGGGCAAAGAUCAAGGGCACGCUCAUGGAAGACUGGAAGUCGUUCGGCGUGACCAUCGGCUGCGCAGGAGAAGUAGUAUCGCCGUGGGACCUUUUGACCAUCACGGAACAGAUGGGAUCGGAAUACCCUGUCGACACAGAAACAACGGCCGUUGACAACGCGCCCAAUCGCGCCGGUCUCCUCGCUCUCGUAGUGUGCAUCUACCGUCUUCUCGUAGCCAAGUGCCAUGGUGGUAGGCAAAAUUACAUACAACGCCUGCGGGACAACAACCUAAAAUGCAUCCUGGAGACUUUUCGCUGCAGUAGUACGUAUUUGGAGCGCGCAGAGCACAAAUUCGGCCACUGGAUUAAAGACAGGUCCUACCUGUCAAUGAUCGCUGCUUUGGACAUGUUCUUCAACCGUUUUAGCCGUCACGAUAAGGCGGUCUUGAGGGCCGGAACGCAUGUGUCGAGAUACAAGCACUGUGCCGUUCUCGACGACAUCAGACGUCUGUGCAAAGUAACCCAUCUAACACCGUCAGAGUUAUUCCGGUGGGUUUUUCUGGAGCGCAUCGUGGGCGAAAUAGGUGUGACUGGUGCAAGAGGUCAAGAGCUGUUCGAGGAGCACUCUUACGCGCCCUACCUGAGUGACCUCGGCCUCUCGCGACGUUCUCCGUACUCGGCGACGGCAAACCCCUUGCUUCACUAUUGGUGCAACGCUGUGGCUUCACUGAUGGGUGUAAAACAAGCUCAAAAGUCAAGAAUCACGCACGAAUGUGACCUCUCUGAUGCGACCAUCAAUGCUGUGGUGUUCGCCUACGCUCACUUGAAGUGCUAUUGGCGAUGCACGUUUGUUCCGCUUGCGCUCAAGACGGUCGACGAAGCGGAUGCUCCCAGAGACAUCGGCCAAAUGCCCAAGGCGUUCAACGCUGAGCAGUGGUACCAGUACUUAUCGGAGAAGUCGUUCGUUGUCGACCCGAAAAUUUUAAACUACUCCCUCUUCGAACGUUUUGCUGACGUGCGCGAUGGCACCGUAGGAGCCAAAUUGGCCGAGCUUAUUCCGAAGUAACGUUUGAAAGUGCCACGAUUUCCGUCGAAUGUGACCUGUGGAGCUCAUUUCAAAGUAUUGUAUCGUUUUUUGUCAUCGUUCAUCUUAUCUUUAUAAAAGACUGUAAAGAUAACCGUUGAGCUGUAUAUUCCUCAUUCCGCUGUAGGGGGUAUGCACUAAGCAUCGAGACGGCAACAAGAUCGCCUAGCCAUUUUUUAGGUCCGUUCCUGUGGGCUGUCCGUGCUGUCCGUCGGCUUGCACGAAGUGUUCCAGUGGUCUGUAGUCAUCCAAGCUGUCAUAAAGAUGUCAAGCGAA